GGGAGGUCUCUAGCCCAGACUCUGAAUGCCUGCAAUGGGGGAGGGGCAGGUAGUGAGACAGUAACAGUGGGGGCGUGCACAGGGGCUGCAGGCAGCAGCCAGGCUCCCCCACUGGCCAGACAGUUGGUAUGUGCCAGGAUCUGAGCAGCUCCUUCUAGCAUCCUUCAUCUUUCAGGUAACAGCCAGUGCUGGAGCUGCAAAAACUGGGACCAGCCCUCCACUGGCCUCUGACUUGACCCUCCCCAGUGGCCUUGUGCUGCUGCGUCAGAUAUUCUCAGCUGCAACUCCCUGCAAGGUGGGGCACCCAUCUCAGGCAGAAGGUUUUGGUGCACCCCACGAUCCUUCUCCCCAGGACUGUCGCUGCCCGUGGCCUCAGGAUGAAAGGGGAGACCCCUGUGAACAGCACUAUGAGUAUUGGGCAAGCCCGCAAGAUGGUGGAACAGCUUAAGAUUGAAGCCAGCUUGUGCCGGAUAAAGGUGUCCAAGGCAGCAGCAGACCUGAUGACUUAUUGUGAUGCCCACGCCUGUGAGGAUCCCCUCAUCACCCCUGUGCCCACUUCGGAGAACCCUUUCCGGGAGAAGAAAUUCUUCUGUGCCCUCCUCUGAGCUGCCCUGUCCCUCCUCACAACUCUUCACCUUUCCCUCUCCCGGGCCCUUCCUCAUUUAUGUCAGGAACUGUGGUGAGCCCACUAGGGUCCCUGCAUCCCAUCCGUAGCCCUUUCCCAACCCUGUGAGGUUAGCUGAAGCACAAGGCCCUCCCUCACCUAUCUGCCGACCCCAUUUCCUCGCCCACUGAGGCGGACCCAAAGCACCCCGUGACUCGGGGCACCCUUAGCUCCACCCACAGAAGGGCUGUCAGACUCUGCCAGCGUCCUGCCCGCUUCCCUCUGUGACCCGCUCAGACAAUGGAGAGAGGGAUGGGCUGGGUGCUGGCUCUCAGUCUCACCUGGAACUAUUGGAAGUGUAAAGCCAUUUGAAGAAUAAAGUCAUCCAGAGUCUCAGA